AUGGCGAAGGACGAACUGCCAUCCUCCAGUGCUGGGAAGGGCAAGGCAGAGGACACGAAGGAAAUAAAUGGAGGGAAAAAUGAAGGCAAAGAUGGGAAACCUGUUGUGAACGGCAAAAAGGAGGAGGAGCCUCAAGAAGAGGAACUCAAUGAGGAAGACCAGCAGCUUAAAAAUGAGCUUGAGAUGCUCGUUGAGAGACUGCAGGAAUCCGAUACAUCUCUUUACAAACCGGCUCUUGAGGCUAUCAAAACUUUCAUUAAAACCUCUACUUCUUCCAUGACAGCAGUACCGAAACCACUUAAAUUUCUCAGACCGCACUAUGAUGACCUCGCCAAAGUAUAUGAUGAGUGGUCGUCUGGGGAUGAUAAGGAUUCCCUCGCGGAUAUUCUUUCAGUGCUAGGAAUGACAUAUGGAGUCGAGGACAAGCUCGAGACGCUUAAAUACCGCCUGCUCGCAAAAUCAGACGACCUUGGAUCCUGGGGUCACGAAUAUAUUCGUCACCUUGCUCUGGAAAUAGGUCAGGAAUACCAAAACCGGUUGACCGAUGAUAAGGAUGUACAGGAUCUCGUGGACCUUUCGUUGUCACUUGUGCCUUACUUCCUCAGCCAUAAUGCCGAGGCAGACGCGGUUGACUUGCUCAGUGAGCUAGAGAUGAUCGAGGAAUUGCCCCGUUUUGUUGACGAGAAUACUUAUCCACGAGUUUGUCUUUACAUGGUCAGCAUGGUCAACUUGCUCACAUACCCAGAGGACCAUCAGUUUUUACGCACCGUCCACGACAUCUAUCUUCAAUAUAAGAAGCUCACACAGGCUAUUGUCAUCGCUAUACGCCUGAAUGACCUUGAGCUGAUUCAGAGCGACUUCCAAGAAACAACAGAUAAGGCGGUAAAAUACCAAAUGGCAUUUUUAGUUGCUCGUCAACGGAUAUGGCUUGAGCUUGAAGAUGAUGAUAUGCAACUGGCAGAUUGUCUCAACAACAUUGCCCUCCCCACUCACUUCAAGUCUCUCGCAAAGGAGCUGAAUAUUCUCGAGCCAAAAAUGCCAGAGGAUAUCUACAAAACCCACCUUGAAAACAACAGAGGAAGCCUUACCAAUGUCGACUCUGCACGACACAAUCUUGCCAGUGCUUUCGUUAACGCCUUCACCAAUGCUGGCUUUGGAAACGAUAAAAUGAUGCUUGUGGAUGGGGAUAAGGGGCCGUGGGUUUGGAAAACGAAGGACGAUGGAAUGUUGUCUACUGCGGCCUCACUGGGUAUGCUUCUUCAGUGGGAUGUCGAGGAAGGCUUAAACCAGAUAGACAAGUUCACCUAUGCGGAAGAAGACCAAAUUAGAGCGGGAGCGCUUCUUGGAAUUGGUAUUAUGAACGCAGGUGUAAGAGUCGACUCAGACCCCGCUCUAGCGCUUCUCGGAGACUAUGAAAAUCUUGAGAACAAGAGCAUUCCAAUGAGGGUAGCGUCAAUCAUGGGUCUCGGUCUGGCGUAUGCCGGAUCAUGCAAGGAAGAGCUUCUCGAAUUGCUUCUCCCGAUUGUUGAGGAUGUGACUGUCGACAUGCAAAUUUCUGCCAUGGCUGCUGUGUCCCUUGGUAUGAUCUUUGUGGGUUCAUCCAACCACCAAGUUAGUGAGGCGAUAGCCACCACUCUGAUGGAUGAAGAGAGGCAGAAACACUUGAAGGACAAGUGGACUCGUUUCAUGGCACUUGGCCUAGCGCUCCUCUACUUUGGAAAACAAGAGGAAGUUGAGGUUGUCCUAGAUAUCCUUAAGGUGAUCGAGCAUCCCAUGGCGAAGCCAACAUCUGUUCUCGCGUCAGUUUGUGCGUGGGCUGGAACCGGCACGGUCUUGAAGCUACAGGAGCUUCUCCAUAUUUGUAACGAAGUCUUUGAGGAUAAGGAGGAAAACAAGGGCGAGGAGCUUGUGCAGUCAUAUGCCGUCUUAGGACUGUCUCUGAUUGCCAUGGGUGAGGAUAUUGGCCAGGACAUGGUUCUAAGGCAGUUUGGCCAUCUCAUGCACUAUGGCGCUGCGAACAUUCGAAAGGCAGUUCCUCUUGCUAUGGGAUUGAUCAGCCCGAGCAACCCGCAGAUGAAGGUAUACGAUACACUCUCCAGAUACAGCCACGAUAACGAUAACGAUGUUGCUAUCAACGCCAUUUUCGCUAUGGGACUCUUGGGAGCAGGCACCAACAAUGCUCGUUUGGCACAAUUGCUCCGCCAACUCGCAAGCUACUACCAGCGCGAUCAAAACUCACUGUUUAUGGUCCGCAUUGCGCAGGGGCUUCUCCAUAUGGGCAAGGGAAGCAUGUCCGUGAACCCCUUCCACACCGACCGUCAAGUUCUCUCGAGAGUUGCAGCGGCCGGCCUCUUGACUGUUCUUGUGGCGAUGAUCGACGCUAAAGAUUUUAUCCUGGCUGACUCCCAUUACCUCCUCUACUACCUUGUUACCGCCAUGAACCCACGGUUCCUUGUCACUCUCGACGAGGAUCUCAAACCUCUCACCGUUAAUGUUCGUGUCGGUCAGGCCGUCGAUGUGGUUGGCCAGGCCGGAAGACCCAAGACCAUCACCGGCUGGCAGACACAGAGCACCCCGGUACUAUUAUCGUACGGAGAACGAGCUGAGCUAGAAGACGAAGAGUACAUCUGUCUAAGCAGUACUCUUGAGGGGCUCGUAAUCCUGCGAAAGAACCCGGACUGGGAGGAAAGCUCGACAUGA